UAUAGAGUUCAAAUUAGAGUCAAAAUAUUUAAAAUAGCUUUCAAUUAAUUUGUUAUAAAAUCGAACUUCAACGUUCUACAAUUUGACUGAGACAAUGGGAAUGGAUUUUUUUGUUGUCACAUUAUUAGGUUAUUUAAUAGGAAAUUUAGGUUUUGUUUUUGUAUGCGCUGACCCUUUGAAAGUUUGUCUACCUGAUGCUGGUUGUUAUAUUGGUAGAUACAUUGUAAGUUAUAAUGAAAAGGAAAUUGAAACAUUUUUUGGAAUUCCAUAUGCAUUUCCACCUCUUCGAUUUCAGCCACCGAGACGUUAUCACAGCAAUGAAACUCACCAGGCCAAGAUAGCCAGAUGUGCUUGCAAGCAAAGAAAUUACCUUGAUCAUCAGAGACUCAUAACUGGCAGUGAAGAUUGUUUAUAUCUAAAUUUAUAUAGACCAUCUCUAAAAUAUUUUACAUUAAUACCCGUAUUAGUAAAUUUCCAUGGUGGUGGAUUUUUUAGUGGAGCAUCUAGUCCCUUAUUUUUGGGUCCCGAAUACAUAAUGGAUGGGCAAGAUCUUAUUCUUAUAACGGUUAGCUAUCGACUGGGUCCAUUUGGUUUCCUAGCAACUAGUGAUGGUGUCAUACCCGGUAAUAUAGGCCUAAAGGAUCAGGUUAUGGCCCUACAAUGGGUGUACAAUAACAUAGAGCAUUUCGGUGGCGAUAAAUUUCGGGUUACGCUGAUGGGACAAAAUGCUGGAGGAAUAUCGGCUCAUUUGCAUACGUUUAGCAGAAUAUCGCGCGGUUUAUUUAGUGCCAUUAUAGCAAUAAGUGGAACGGCCAAUUCAAUAUACGCCAUUGAUGAAAACCCUGAUCAAACAGCUAGGUUAACCGCAAAAUAUUGUAAUGUAUCAAAUUGGGAUACAAUUACUACGCGUAAGUUGCACACAGCCCUUCUAUUUAUGGAUGCAGAUACUCUGCUUUAUGCUGGAGAUCAAUUAAAAUUUUGGAAUAUUGAUAGUUUGUGUAACUAUAAGCCCAUCGUUGAAAAAGAUAGGCGUUAUUCUUUUCUAGUCGAACACCCUAGUUGGUAUAUAAGCAACGGCGAAUAUUGGCCAGUGCCUUCAUUGUUUGGUCGCGUACCGAAUGAGGGCGCUAUACGUGCGGUGAAUAUUAUGGAAAAUCAGCAUUUACGAGAUGAUUAUAAUUCGAAUUUUUGGAAUUUAUCGGUGAAAAUGUUGGAAUUUCCAUCGUCAUUUAAUGAUGAAACGAAGUAUACUAGAACGAAACUCGUAUUAGAUGAAUAUAAUUUACGAGAUCUUUAUUUAGAUGGUAAUACCGUUAAUAAUUUUAUGCAACUUUUAACAGAUCGCAUAUUCUAUCAUCCCAUGUACAAAACUUUUAAAUAUUAUGUUGAUACAAUCAAUCUACGUAAAUAUCCGCUAUAUUUUUAUAUUUUUAAUUUCGAGGGUGAAUUAUCAUAUGCCCCAACUUAUGCAGAUCAUCCAAUUAAUCGUGAUUAUAACGUAGUUCAUCAAGAUGAUCAGAUAUAUUUAUUUCGGACACGUUACCUAUUUCCCGAUAUUAAAAAGAAGACAUUAGCUGCGAAAAUGAUUACAAUAUAUACUCGAUUUGUAUCAAAUUUUGUUUAUUACAGAAAACCUGCUUUUUCAAAAUUUACACGCUGCAACAGUUCAAAUUUUUUUCCAGCAUCAGGUGAAAUAUGCGAUUAUUUUCAACUUGUUAGUAAAAAUAAUUCAGCCAGAGUAGAAACUAAUAAUACCUGGGAUACGACUAAGAUGAAACUUUGGGAUUUUAUCUUAAAAAAAAUAUGCUAUAAAUAA